GAGGCGCGGUGACCUCGGGUUGAGGAGUAGGGUCCCGGGCGCUGACCUCUCGCGGCCGAGAGGCGGCGCUGAUCCCAGGUCCCGCGAGGACCAGCGGACCUCGGGAGGGGGCGCCCGAUCCCGCGGCUGCCGCUCGGCUUCCCGGGAAGUUUCAAGUUUGAAAGUCCUGGCGGAGGGGCCGGGGCUUCCGGAACCGCAGUGGUCGAGAGGAGGGGCCGAGCGGCCGGAGCGGCGCCAUGGAGGAGGGGGUGCCGCGGCAGCCUGGGGCCCAGCAGCGGCCCCCGGAGGAUGAGAAAGAGGUGAUCCGCCGGGCCAUCCAGAAGGAGCUGAAAAUCAAGGAGGGUGUAGAGAACCUGCGGAGGGUAGCCACAGAUCGCCGCCACCUGGGCCACGUGCAGCAACUCCUGCGCUCCUCCAACCGCCGCCUGGAGCAGCUACACGGAGAGCUGAGGGCACUGCAUGCGCGCAUCCUGCUGCCCGGCCCUGGACCCGGCCUGGCCGAACCUGUGGCUGCGGGCCCCCAGCCACCUGCAGCGCAGCCCAGGGCUCGGCACCUCGAGGCUCUCCAGAGGCAGCUGCAGGUGGAGCUGAAGGUGAAGCAGGGGGCAGAGAAUAUGACACACACGUAUGCCAACGGCACGCCCAAGGAGAGGAAGCUUCUGGCAGCUGCCCAGCAGAUGCUGCGGGACAGCCAGCUGAAGGUAGCCCUGCUGCGGAUGAAGAUCAGCAGCCUGGAAGCCAGUGGGCAUGGGCCUGAGGGCUGACCCCUCCUCCCAGGUCCCGAGCUGCUGGCAGAGGAGCUAAGACAUCGGCUAUGCAUCGAGGCUGCCGUGGCCGAGGGUGCCAAGAACGUGGUGAAGCUGCUGGGUGGACGGCGAACACAAGACCGGAAGGCGCUGGCCGAGGCUCAGGCCCAGCUGCAGGAGUCCUCCCAGAAACUGGACCUCCUGCGGCUGGCCUUGGAGCAGCUGCUGGAGGGACUGCCUCCCGCUCAUCCUCUGCGCGGCCGAGUGGCCCGGGAGCUGCGGACCGCUGGGUCUGGGAACCCCCAGCCUUCGGGGGUGCUUGUGAAGCCCACUGCCAUCGCAGGGACGCUGGAGGUCCACCUCCUGGGCUGUGAGCAACUGCUGACAGCCGUGCCUGGACGGUCCCCGGCGGUGGCACUGGCCGGGAGCCCCUCCCAGGGCUGGCUCCGGGGCCGGGCCAAGCCGCAGCGUGGAGGAGAUCUGGCCACUGAAGUGCUGGCUGUACUGAAGGUGGACAAUCGUGUCGUGGGCCAGACUGGCUGGGGGCCGGUGGCCAAGCAGUCCUGGGACCAGACCUUUAUUGUCCCCCUGGAGCGGGCCCGGGAGCUGGAGAUCGGGGUGCUGCGGGACUGGAGGCAGCUGUGCGGCGUGGCCUUCCUGCGGCUGGAGGACUUCCUGGACAAUGCCUGUCACCAGCUCUCCCUCAGCCUGGUGCCCCAGGGACUGCUCUUUGCCCAGGUGACCUUCUGUGACCCUGUCUUUGAGAGGAGGCCCCGGCUGCAGAGGCAGAAACGCAUUUUCUCUAAACGCAGAGGUCAGGACUUCCUGAGGGCUUCGCAGAUGAACCUCAGCAUGACGGCCUGGGGACGCUUGGUCAUGAGCCUGCUGCCCCCCUGCAGCUCCCCAAACACGAUCAGCCCCCCCAAAGUGUGCCCCCAGAGCCCGGCCACACCCCGGGGAGCUACUGACUCUGCCUCGCCCAGUAAUUUCCCACCCAAGAAGAGCCCCCUGGGAGAAGAGACGAGGCCCCCGCCCAAGCCCCCACGCCUCUACCUGCCCCGGGAGCCGACCCCCGAGGAGAUCCCGCGCACCAAACGCCCCCACAUGGAGCCCAGGACGCGACUCGGGCCGCCUCGUCCCACCUCAGCCACCAGGAAACCCCCCCGGCUUCAGGACUUCCGCUGCUUGGCCGUGCUGGGCCGGGGACACUUCGGAAAGGUCCUCCUGGUCCAGUUCAAGGGGACGGGGAAAUAUUACGCCAUCAAAGCGCUCAAGAAGCAGGAGGUGCUGAGCCGGGACGAGAUGGAGAGCCUGUAUUGCGAGAAACGCAUCCUGGAGGCCGUGGGCCGCACGGGGCACCCCUUCCUGCUCUCCCUCCUUGCCUGCUUCCAGACCUCUAGCCACGCCUGCUUCGUGACCGAGUUUGCACCCGGUGGUGACCUCAUGAUGCAGAUCCACGAGGACGUCUUCCCUGAGCCCCAGGCCCAGUUCUACCUGGCCUGUGUGGUCCUCGGGUUGCAGUUCUUACAUGAGAAAAAGAUCAUUUACAGGGACCUGAAGUUGGAUAACCUUCUGCUGGAUGCCCAGGGUUUCCUGAAGAUCGCAGACUUUGGGCUGUGUAAGGAAGGGAUCGGCUUUGGGGACCGGACAAGCACCUUCUGCGGCACCCCAGAGUUCCUGGCCCCGGAAGUGCUGACCCAGGAGGCCUACACACGGGCUGUGGACUGGUGGGGGUUGGGUGUGCUGCUCUAUGAGAUGCUGGUGGGCGAGUGCCCAUUCCCCGGGGACACAGAGGAGGAGGUAUUUGACUGCAUCGUCAACGCGGAUGCCCCAUAUCCCCGCUUUCUGUCGGUGCAAGGUCUCGAGCUCAUUCAGAAGCUCCUGCAGAAGUGCCCGGAGCAGCGCCUGGGAGCGGGUGAGCAGGAUGCGGAGGAGAUCAAGACCCAGCCUUUCUUCAGGACCACCGACUGGCAGGCCCUGCUUGCCCGCACCGUCCGGCCCCCCUUCCUGCCCACGCUCUGUGGCCCUACGGACCUGCGCUACUUCGAGGGCGAGUUCACGGGGCUGCCGCCGGCCCUGACCCCGCCUGACCCGCGCUGCCCCCUGACCGCCCGCCAGCAGGCCGCCUUCCGAGACUUCGACUUUGUGUCAGAAGGAUUCCUGGGGCCCUGAGGGCCUCUCUGGCACGUCCGCCCUGUC